AUGCGUAAUCGACCAAAAGAAAAAUUUGCAAGUGGAAUUGUCUUUUGUGGUGGUAUUUCUUAUGAAGGUCUGGUUCCCAAAAAUGGUCGAUUUAAUGUCACAUCAUGGUUACAAAACCAAGGAAAGAACAAAUCAAGAAAAAGAAUUUACAUGAACAGCCAUUUAUAUGCUAAAUUUAUUACAGAAGGUGGUUAUAAAAAAAUUCAAAAGGUAUGCCGAAGAAAUUUUAUAUUUCAAGAUGAUGCUGAUACAAAACAACGAACAAAGAUUGUAUUAGAAACUAUUGAUGAAUUAUUUAGUGAUCGAAUUUCACCUCAAGAAGAUGAUGCAAAAUUUGCCGAUGUAUGGCCCAUCGAAAAUGUUUGGAGAAUAUUGAAGAAAAAAAUACGUGGAGAACAGUUUUCGCGUUUUCAGCAGCUAAUAAAUAGGGUGAACAAAGAAUGGAAAAAAAUAACUUGCGAUGAUUGUAAAAAGAUGAUCGAUCAAAUUCCUAAAAGACUCAAUGAAGUGAUAGAUAGUAGUGGAGAACAAAUACAUGAGAGUUAAAUAAGAUUUUUUUGUAAUCAGAUUAUUUUGUGUAUUUAUAAUUCAGAGUAUGCUUCUUUUUUGUGUACUCAAAAAGUGAAUACACUCUAGGAUCGGUCAGUAUGUCCGACCGGCCGGCCGUUUACCCGAGAACUUUUGAAAGGAGAGUGCGAUCUUGAUGAAAUUUUGUACACAGUAUCGUCUCAUCAAUGUCUCGGUCGUGUUCGAAGAUGAGAAUGAUUCGUCGAGCCAUUACUGAGUUAUCGCAAAAAAAGUCACUUUUCCCUAUGCGUUUCUAUGCGCUUAUUGACCUAUCUCGGUUUUCGUAAAAGAAUUUUUCCUCUCAUAAUCAAACAAAACCUCACGCUAUAAUAUACCAUUUGGUAGAGAAUUUCACGAGCUACAAAAUGGUAUAUAAAGCAUUAAGAAACAAGAAGGCUAAGUCACCUAUUGCAGAGAUACUUAAACGGAAAUUGCUUUUGUGUUUUUACUUUUUGAAGUACACAUAACGCUCGGAUUUAAAUCCGAGGCUUCCACAUUUAUUUAAUAAAA